AUGAAUCGUCAAUUAAUCUUUUUAGUAGUUGUAUUCCUUUUGGGAUUAUUUUUAGUAAACGCCCAAGAAUGUAGUACCACAAUUUGUGGAGGAUUUACCCAAGAAAUUUGUUGCCCAGGAUACACUUGUGAUCCAAGUCCAAUUUGCUGUGAUAACCCGGGCACUUGCAGAAAGAUUUAA